UAUAGGUUGACAUUUUCUGAGAAGAAAAGAACAUAAUUGAUCUGUACGUUAUGCUUCUAAGGUUUUCAAGUCUGGUUUCUGAAACAAUACCAUGCCAUCGAGAUUAUGGAUUAACCAGACAGAGCAAAAAGGUCUGCUUAAAAAAGAUUGUUGAAUGCAAUGAAUGAGCUAAAGGAGUUAAAGCCUGCAGUGCAACAAAAGAUCAAUGAGUUGAACGCAUUACAAAGUUAUCAAAAUAAUUCUUUAGAAUGGCCUACUAUGAAAAACUCAACUUUGACAAACCAUAAUAUGACAAAGGCUAUUGGACCAACUUCACAUGUACAUGGUUAUUAUAGUUCAAGGACUCAACAGUUUUCUCAUUCUAGGCCAGUUAAGGAGCAAUUCCAAAGAAUGAUGCUAAACUUUCCCUGUCCAAAGGAGCAAAAUCUAUCUAAACAUUCUAUUUUGGGUCCAAAUGGGCUUCAUGGCCAAUGGGAGCCACCCAAGAGUGAUAUAAGGGUGCAAUAUCCAAGUAACAUAGACUUGACUCUGGUUGACAUUCUAAGCCUGCAGAAGUCUUUAGAAAAUGGUCUUUCGAUGAAGAAUGACUAUUGCAACUCAAAACUCGAAGUAUCAAGUGCUGAAUUAGUUGUUAAUUUGAAUGAUAAUAGUGAGAGUGGUAAGAAAUGCCAUGUUGAGGAACUUCAUCCAAUGAUUUCUUUUGAAGAAUCAGAAACCCCAGUUCAGAUCAAUAUUACCAGACAACCUUCUCCUCACCCUGUACUUUUCGAGGUGCAAGAUUUGGUUCUUGUAAUGUCAGCUGAAGUCACCAAGGCGGAGUGUAGAAUAGAAAAUUUGUCCGCAAACAAUUUUGCUAAUUCUAAAUCUCCUCUAGAGUUGCACAUUGUGCGUUUCUACCACUCUUUGGUUUUCAUUAUAUUCUAGAUUGCAUAAUUAAUUUCUACUGGUUGCAGAAUUUCAAAAUCUUAACUGUAGUUAUAAAAUUUUAAUAUUUCU